AUGUCUUCUUGCGCGAUCUAUCCCGAUCUUGCGGGGAAAAUCGCAUUAAUCAUGGGAAUUGGCCAAGUAGGGAGUACCGAGUCCAAGAUAUGGGGGAAUGGAGCGGCCAUUGCUAGCAUCUUGUGUCAAAACAAGGUAAAGGUGUUUGGGUGUGAUUUAAACCUGGCAGCCGCAGAAUUUACAGCACGUCGUCUGCAUGACAUGAAUGGUAUAUGCGAUGUCAUGGCUGCAGACGUGACCAAGUUGACCGACGUUCAGAAGGUGGUGGAUACGGUUAUGGCCAAGUACGGCAGGAUUGACAUCCUGGUCAACAACGUCGGCUUGACAACCUCAGGCGACCCUGUGAGCUUACCUGAGGCGAUCUGGGACCGGCAACUUGAGGUUAACCUGAAGAGUGUGUACCUGUGCUGCCAUGUCGUAUUGCCGAUUAUGGAGAGACAAAAAUCGGGAUCGGUGGUCAACAAUGCCAGCAUAGCUGGGUUGAGAUAUUUAGGCAAGCCUCAAGUAGCCUACAACUCGGCCAAGGCAGCGGUGAUUCAUUUUACCAAAGUCACAGGUGUGCUAUAUGCUGGGAAAGGGAUCAGGAUGAAUUCGGUGGUCCCUGGGUUCAUACAUACGCCAUUGGUUGAGAAGUUUGGCCAGAGUGAGCUAGCAUCCGACCGAGAGACAUUUCGCAAGAUAACAGAGCAUAAUGUACCGAUGGGACGAAUGGGAGAUUCAUUCGAUGUCGCUAACGCAGCUGUUUUCCUCGCGAGCGAUGCGGCCAAGUACAUCACUGCACAGGAGAUUGUCGUCGACGGCGGACUAACCAGCUCGACGGGAACAUGA